AUGUGGUGGACGACGUGUAUCAUCUGGUAAGUUCAGAUGAAAUACAGAACCAUUUUAAUGUCAAAUGUGAAGCUUCAAACUUCAAUUCCAAGUUUUGACAAAAAAAAAGAAGAUUAAGGCAUCUGUAUGUAAUCAUCUUGUGAGUUAUUUCCUUCACAACGAGUGAGAAGUGUUUAAAAAGUGACUGUGAGAUCCAUAUUUCUGUGUAAUGCAUUAAAGCUUCGACAGUUUAACAUGUUUUUAUUGACUCUGAAGGCUGCAUCAAACUGUUUGUUCAUCCUGUUUGCUUCAACUUUGACCAGCAGCUCAGAGGACCGCAAACUGAUGAACAGAUCGAUCUCUUGCUGUUUUCAGGGUUCUGUGUGUGUCAUUGAGUGAGUGCAGGAGGCUGCCUGAAGAAAAGCCUCAAAUGCACGGAGAGGUUCAGUCCCCUAGCUACCCCCAACCUUACGCCCCCAAUCUGCAGGAGCAGUGGGACCUUAGCGUGCCGGAGGGCUACCAGAUCAACCUCACCUUCACACACCUGGACAUUGAAGCAUCUGCAGACUGCCACAACGACUCCCUCACAGUCAGAAAAUAACACACCAUUGUUGUAACAAUGUAACAUCACACAAUAUUGUGUAUUUAAGUGCAUUAAAUCAGUGAAAACUGAUUAUUCAAAGCACUCUUUUAAGAGCUUUUUGUCAAGUUUAUCCACUAAAGCUCAAAAACAUCUCAGUCAUCCUGUCUGCAUUUGGUGCUGGCUGACUAAAAUGCUGCUAACAGGAGGAAAAACACAGAGCCGUGACAACAAGCAUCAGAACACUAACAGGGGUGGAAAUGAAGAGAUGCCUUCAUAAUUUGUGCAAUAAUUUCAUCAAAUGUUGAAAUAAAAUAUGAAUCUCUGACUAAACUUGAGACUUAAAAAAAUAUUGAGACUGAUUGUGGUAUUUAGUUGGAUUUGGUAUCUUGACCUCAGCCCUAAAGUUGAUAAUACUAUUCAGGGAUGCAUGAAUCCUUGUCAUCAUUUGUGCAAGUAGAAUUCUGCCUGCUUGCCGUUGUUUCCUCUUCACGGUCAUGUUUUCCUGUCUUGUAUCAUCCUUCAGGUCCUCUAUGAUGAAAAGCUUUUGGGCAAGUUUUGUGGCCAUGAGAAUUCUGCUGAGGGGCAUCACCCCGGCAACCAGCCCAUUCUGUCUCCAGGCAAUAGACUCACCCUUAUCUUUCAGUCAGAUGACAGCAACCCUGAGCGGCAGAACUUGGGCUUCACUGCUCAGUACCAGGCUAUAGGUAAAGAUGAUCCACCUUGCUCCUCUGUCUCACAUUGUUCCACUCCUCCUCACUGACUUAACACUCUUCCCAUCAUUAGACAUAGAUGAGUGCUCUGCAGAGCCUGCUGAAAGCUCAGGUCCUCUCUGCUCUCACAUGUGCCUCAACACCCUGGGCUCAUACCUCUGCUCCUGUCAGCACGGCUAUGUGCUGCUCUCAGACCAGCGCACUUGUGUGUGUGAGUAUUGUGCAGAUAUACACUCCCUCAUAUGAGUACUAAAAUAUCUAUUUUAAUCUAAUUGUCCUAAAACAAACACAUUUUACUUUUAGAUUUUAGUUAGCAGGUAGCCACAAAGUUGAUAAAGUAAUCCUUGAUGGUGGAGCAUGAAAACACCUCUAAUAUCAGUCAACUUAGUGCAAAAGGGAUUUAAAUGCAAUGUUUGACCAAAGAAAUAGCGAAGAAAAAAAGUACAAUGGUCCUCUUCCUUUUUUUAGAUUGAAGUAGUGUUUUAAUAUGUGUAUCUAUAUACAUCUUUAAUUAUGAAUCCAUCCAAAUAGUGGAGCGGACAAAUGCAUAAUAUAGCCCGAAUCGUUCACUUUGUUAUACAAACAUGAAAUUUGGUACAUAUACUCUUCAAACCCCACUCUUUUCAAAAAUAACGUUAGCCACGCAAAAUUCCAAGAUGGCGGCCCCAAAAUCCAAGAUGUCUGCCCCAAAAAUUUGGUUUUUCCUUUAUAACGCAAAAUGACUUGAUUUUAAGCCCCAUACAUAUAUUGGAGUUGAAUAUAAAGUUGGGUAUUGCGGACGUUUUGGUACCUAGCACAUUUCUGUAUCCAUUACGGUUCUCGAGAUACAGCAUAUAGAUACUUGAACAGAAUUGGGAGAGUGAGAAAUCUGUAUCACCGAUUGUUGUUACGUGCAUAUGGUUGUAUGAAAAUAUCAUUUCCAUUAUCUGUUAUUUUCAUGAGGGUUAUAACAUUAAAUUUGAGAAACAAGAUGGUGUCCAAGAUGGCUGCCAUUGCCUUGAAGUAAUCCGAUCUUAGUGACUAUGAAACAUUAACUUUUGGAAUGCACAUAUUUUUGGUCUAUGCAUCCAAUGGGGCCAUUGCAGUACAGAAUUUAGAUGUUUAUACAGUACAAGCUUGCAGAUGUAAUAGAGUGAAUAUCGGCACACAACCAGGGCACACUGGUGAUAUCACUGCUGUGUAACUCAGCAUGACCUCCAGGAGUUCUUUCAGCAUGAGAACCAGUCCUUCCCUGUUGCAUUGAGCAAGGGUGGAAAAUUGUACACUUGCCAGAAGUCUCAGCUGACCCCUAUCCUUGAGAAUUAUGUCCCACCAGUUGACAAGGAACCUGAGGCAGACAUUCUCAUUGGAGAUGGGUCAGCUUUGGACCACACCCUGCCGCCAAAAAGAUCCAAGACUUUUGAGGACUAUGCAGCUCUCGACUUCCUACCUGUGAUCUACAUGUACUCCAGCAAGUACAUAAUGACACAUCUGGUGUUUGAUGUGUAAAACCCAUCAAGCCUUAAAGCUCAGACCAGGUCCAAACGUGGCCGGGGGAUAAGAACACCACGCUAUCUAACUGGCAUAACUUCCUGAGGCACAAUGACAACAAAACAGAGUUGUCCCACUCUUGCCGACAAGGUUGCACAAAUGUUUGCCCUAAAUACCAUCAUCAUCACAAAGGGACCUGCUGUCCUCAGCACUCGUGCAACUGGUCUUGAUGGACUGGAUAAAUGCUCUCAAGAGGAAGCGGACAGCCGCAUCUUUGUGCAUGCCAAACAUGCAACUGGUAGCCAAUCCAUCAUGAUCAAGGCAAAUGACACAGAUGUUCUGAUCUUAGCUAUAAGUGUAUUCAGCGGUCUCCAAGAGGCUGGCCUACAGCAUAUGUGGCUUGCAUUUGGGCAAGGUCAGACUCUGCUCUGGAUCAGUGUGCAUGACAUAUUUCAGCAUGUUGGCCAGGAGAAGGUCAAAGGCAUGCUCUUCUUCCAUGCCUUUACAGGAUGUGACACUGUGUCUGCCUUCCGCAACAAAGGCAAGAAAAUGGCUUGGCAUACAUGGGACAUAUCUCCAGAAUCCUUGCCUGUAUUCGCCAAACUGGGUAUUUACCCUCCCACAGUGGAGGACUGCGACAUAGAGGUGCUUGAGAAGUUUUUCAUGCUCAUGUAUGACAGAUCCAGCACAGCUGCUACUGUGGAUGAGGCCAGGCUUGACUUGUUUGCCAGAAACCAGAGCAGCUCUACUCCAACACACCAGGCGUGCUGCCUAUCAGGCUGGUUGUGUGUGGGCCCAGGCAACCCAGUGUCAGCCAGAAGCAGAGGACCCUGCAGACUGGGGAUGUCAAAAGGUUGGUGAGGAAUGGCAGGUCUUCUGGACAGCCAACUCUGCAAUAGCCAAGACAUGUGAACAGCUCACCAAAUGUGGCUGUAAAUCUGGCUGUUGUGGCAGGUGCAAGUGCUACAAAUUGGGUCUCAUGUGUACAGCUCUGUGCAGUUGCAACUGUGAGGUGUAACUCACAGUAAGUAUGCUGUAUCUUACAAACUGUAAUAGAUGCACAUGGUACUAAAAUACCUGCUUUUAUCAACGUCUAAAUUCUGUACUUAGCUUAGAUGGGAUCAGGAAAAAUUAGGGAAUUUUGUAAACUUCUGAAUUUAAGUAUAGAGUUAGGUAUGGGUAUAAGGUUUUUAAAAAAACACCGCAAACGAGUUAUAAACAAUGUUUAAUCCACUGCUCUGACCCUAUCUAAAACAAAUUUUUAAAAAGAAUUCACAUGACACCUGCUCCUGUUUGACUUAUUUAUGUCCGUCUGGUUCAGUGUGUGGUAAGCCAGUAGAACCCCUCCCUCACAUUGAGAGGAUCUUUGGAGGCCAAGAUGCUCCAGAAAACACCAUACCCUGGCAAGUUGUGAUUGUGAAUGAUGGCAGAGGGGGGGGCAUGGUGAUUGCAGACCGCUGGAUUUUGACUGCUGCUCACGUCCUCCAACACAGAGGAAAAACAGCAACAAAUGCAACUAUAGAGGUAAAAUGUUCUGCUGUUGGUGUGUGGUGUAAUCCUGUUUUGUCUGCGCUUUAGAAUCAGAGUUUUUAACCUUCAUUUUGCAGGUUUAUUUGGGCGGUACUGAUGUUUAUCUCCUGUUGAAGUCAUCUCCAAUGCAUGCUUCCUCAGUCUACAUUCACCCUGACUAAAACAAUCCCAACAACAUUGACUACAACCAUGACAUUGCCUUGAUCAAACUGCAAGACCAACUCACAUUCGGCCCAUCCGUCAUGCCAAUAUGUUUGCCAGCAGAGAAUGCCACAUACAUUACUAACACAGCGGGGUGAGAAAAACAUCAUCUUAUUAUCUAAUCAUUUAUUUAAAUCCAACCUUUUUUAGUGAACCAAUUUAUUUGAUCUCACUUUUAAAACUUUUUAUGCUCCAUUCAUGUCUUUAGCUUCCCCCUGUAGGUCGACCAUAACUUUUCUUCUCUACCUUUCUUUAUUCCUUUUACAGAGUGGUGUCAGGCUUUGGCCUGAUAGACAGUGGUCAAGGAAGGCGGCCAACAAAUAUGCUGAAAUUUGUGGAGCUCCCAGUGGUGGAUCAGGAGAGAUGCCAUACUUCAAUGAAUGAGGUGAAGGCGAAGAGGAGCGAUGUACCUGAUCUGACAGAUAACAUGUUUUGUGCUGGAAGGCCAGAAGGUGGGAAGGAUGCUUGUCAAGGUGACAGUGGAGGCCCCUUUGCCCUGUGGAAUGGUAAACAGUACUGGGUUGGUGGGAUUGUCAGCUGGGGGAUUGGCUGUGGGCUCAAGGGGACUUAUGGAGUAUAUACCAAAGUCACCAACUAUGUGGGCUGGAUCAAUAAGACUAUGCAUGAAAACUGAUGAAUGAUUAUCUAUUAUGUGAGUCGACAAUGUACAAAUAAAAGCAAUGACAUCCACAAAAAUCAAGAUCAAAAUAAACCACUCAUCCUAAAGAAAUGAGCUGCAGUUUUAUUUUUACACCUUUAUUAUAUCAUUUUUUCAUAUCAUUUUAUCAUUUUGCAGCUAAUAAAACACAGACAAAAUGAUUGUUGUUCUCAUUUUUUUUUUACUUAAAAGUGAACAUCAAAGUCAGGCACGGAAAAUGUUGAUCAUUGAGCAAGAAGAAGUCGGUGAAUAAACGUUAACAAAAUAUUCUGCAACAUGCUCUGGAGUUUGAAGAUCUGUCUGACUCUGUAUUUCAGUUGGGGUGAAUGUUUUUGCAGUACUGAGCCAAGGUAUGGUAGUUGACUUUAAAGUCCUUUAUUUUCCUCCAGAUUGAUUUAUUAUCUAGGGUCACCUGUCUGACUGCCCUCAGCAUCAUGUCAGGAACUGCACUGCCAUGUUCUGUUUUUCUUUUGAAAUUCCUGACCAUGUCUUCUUGCUUUCUCCUCUCCUUCAAACCACUUUUUUUCAGUAAAAAUAAAGUUUACAAAGUUUACAAAUGAUUAUUUUCUGAGACGAUUUAUUCUCAGUGUGCUUACCUGUGUGUGUGUGUAAAAUUGAAAGUUAAGAGUUGAGCUGAUUUUGCCAAGACAAACAAGACAUAUUCCCAGCAUUUACGCGGUGAGUUGCCCAACAAUGGGAAAAAAAAAGAAAAACGACUUAGUGACAUUAAUGUUCCCCUUGAAUUUGAGUCAUUUGCUCCUCCAGCAGCAGCAUCAGUUCUCUCAGGGGAUUCAGUGUUUACUGCAGAGAUGUGGUGGACGACGUGUAUCAUCUGGUAAGUUCAGAUGAAAUACAGACCCAUUUUGAUGUCAAAUGUGAAGCUUCAAACUUCAAUUCCAAGUUUUGACAAAAAAAAGAAGAUUAAGGCAUCUGUAUGCAAUCAUCUUGUGAGUUAUUUCCUUCACAACGAGUGAGAAGUGUUUAAAAGGUGACUGUGAGAUCCAUAUUUCUGUAUAAUGCAUUAAAGCUUCGACAGUUUAACAUGUUUUCAUUGACUCUGAAGGCUGCAUCAAACUGUUUGUUCAUCCUGUUUGCUUCAACUUUGACCAGCAGCUCAGAGGACCGCAAACUGAUGAACAGAUCGAUCUCUUGCUGUUUUCAGGGUUCUGUGUGUGUCAUUGAGUGAGUGCAGGAGGCUGCCUGAAGCAAAGCCUCAAAUGUACGGAGCGGUCCAGUCCCCUAGCUACCCCCAACCAUACGCCCCCAAUCUGCAGGAGCAGUGGGACCUUAGCGUGCCGGAGGGCUACCAGAUCAGCCUCACCUUCACACACCUGGACAUUGAAGCAUCCGCAGACUGCCACUACGACUCCCUCACAGUCAGAAAAUAACACACCAUUGUUGUAGUGUUAGAGUUUUUAACUUUGUGCAGCUUAAGCGCAGGGGUGUGAUUGGACUUUUUUGACCAGGGUGACCUAAAAGAGUAACGCAGGGUGGCAUAAAACUUAUGCAUAUACAUAUGCAAAUGACUGGCAUUUACUUUUCCUUUCUGUCUCCACUAAACUUAUGAACUUUGCCAACGUUUAAUCUCCGUACAGAUAUUAUACAAAAAAGCAGCAAUGCAUAGAUUAACAGUAUUGACUUCCCAAGAUAAAAGUAUACAUCUGAAGUUGCAAUUUAGGGCACAGGCAAAAGGAAUUACGCAGAUGUGAGUCGAAACUACCAGAUUACUUGAUUCGACACAAGUUCCACCUCUCACAUAGCAAAUAGUCAAUCAUUGUUAAGGACUUUGGGGUUGGCACCAAGGGUGGCUGAUCCGAAUCCAGUUGGAGGCCACACAACCCUUGGUGAACCUCUGGACUCACCCCUGCUGGAGUGCCAAUUUUGGUGAUAAAACUCAGGCUUAAGUGGUGAUGGUUAAAUGGUAGUGAACUGUAUAAGACACUAUUUCCUCAGUAACAUCACACAAUAUUGUGUAUUUAAGUGGAUUAAAUCAGUGAAAACUGAUUAUUCAAAGCACUCUUUUAAGAGCUUUUUGUCAAGUUUAUCCACUAAAGCUCAAAAGCAUCUCAGUCAUCCUGUCUACAUUUGGUGCUGGCUGACUAAAAUGCUGCUAACAGGAGGAAAAACACAGAGCCGUGACAACAAGCAUCAGAACACUAAGAGUAACAGGGGUGGAAAUGAAGAGAUGCCUUCAUAUUUUGUGCAAUAAUAUCAUCAAAUGUUGAAAUAAAAUAUGCCACUUCCGGUCGCUGAUGGCGUAGAGAGCGGACGUGCAAGCGGGGAGCUUCAGCUGAACUUUUCAUUUAACUUCUAAAACCUACUGAUUUAACAGUGCUCCUGCCUGAAUUGACUUGCAUACAUCUUAUUUUACUUUGUGGGAAAGUGAACUUUGACGCAAUGAGCACCUCUAACCCCAAUCCGUCGGUAACUACCCGAGCUACUAGCAUCUCAGCUAAGCUAACUAGCAAGGCCGCUACUGUCCAGAAGCUUCCAGACCCGGGGGAAAGACGCGCAGAUAGCGACCCUGCCGACCCAGUCACUAGGCUCGACCUGGAGGCUCUAUUCAACAAGCAACGUGACUGCUUCAAAGCCGAUGUGGCUAUAUUGAUUCAACAAUCCACCGAAUCCCUGAAACAGUCAGUCGAGACCCUCGGUCAACAGAUGAUGUCAUUCAACACCCGGCUCACCAAAACUGAAGUUGUGGUGGGAGAGAACUUCGAGAAGAUAACAGCAAUGGAAGCUACAGUUGCUACACUACAUUCCCAAGCCGCACUGCUGCUGGAGCGAGUCGAUGACCUCGAAAAUAGGUCCAGGCGUUCAAAUUUGCGUUUUAUCAACAUACCUGAAGGCAGCGAAAAGGACCAGGACCCGACAAGAUUCAUCUCCGACCUUCUGAUGACCGUGGUGAACCCCCCGAAAUAGAAAGAGCUCAUCGCUCCUCCGGCUCCAGAACAGGUGACGGCAGCGCGGGGAAACCCAGAGCUUUCCUCGUCAAAUUUCUCCGUUUCCAAGAAAAAGAAAAAGUUCUCCGAUGGGCCACACAACACAAGAUGGAAUAUCGCGACUCUGAGCUGAGAGUUUAGCCUGACAUCAGCCCGGACCUGGCCAAAAAGCGGGCUGCGUUCAAUCCUGUCAAGAACUCCCUCUACCUGAAAGGAGUAAAGUUCCGGCUGCUACAUCCCGCCCGGCUCCACGUCUGGCUCCGCAACGAGAGCUUCCACUUUGACUCUCCACAGAAAGCCCAGGAUUUCUACAACCAGCGCAUCGCUUCCACCGACUAGGGGACUUAUCGAGGACCCGGUUCACGGCAAUGUCUGGUCACCAGUACUCACUCACAGCUGUUCCGGUGAGACACUGACACAAGUGUUUGAAUGUCAGUCUGCCCUUUCAUUAUAAUAGGCUCGUAUAUACCGUCAUAGACUGAUUUCUUUUUGCCUAAUAGUUUUAGUUAUUAGGUAACUAUCUUAAUAUUUUUUCUAGUUGCAUUUGGGAUAAAGUUUUAUUCUGUUGAAAUGUAAGUACAAGGGGCUAUUUUGGCUGAUCGUGUUCAGCAUGUAUACUGUCAUAUAUUGCUUUCCUUUCCCCGAAUAGACUUACUUCUAAGUUAUUAAUUUGGUCCAUUUCAUUUUCAAGUUUUACGUGGACAAGAUUUAAAAGCAAGGGGCUGCUUUUUGGUUGACCCUUAACAGCAUGCAUACUGCUGUAUAUUGCUUUUCUUCCCCCUGGUUAAUCCUUUACAACAUGUAUGCUGUUGUGUCUUGGUGCAGCUAACUAUAUAUCCUUUUUUUAUUUAUUUAUUUAUUUAUUAUUUUUCUUGUUAUAAAUUUUUUUCUUUCUUUCUCUCCUGUACUUUUUAUUUAUGUAUUAACUUUAUUGCAUUUUUUUUCUUUCUCCUCCUUUGUCAUAAUUCCCUUUUUUUAUUUACAUAUUAUUAUUAUUAUUAUUAUUAUUAUUAUUAUUAUUAUUAUUAUUAUUAUUAUUAUUAUUGUCGUUUUUUUUCAUAUUCAUUUAUUUAUUUUCCAUAUAUACAUAUAAUUACUCUGCGCAUUGUAUACAUUGUAGUCACUUUCAGAUAUUGGAGUCUCGCCCGCUGGUUAGGGUUUUGCUUAGUUAUGUCACACGGAAGUAACAGAGUCUAUGGAGUCCCGCCGCUUGUCUGUGUUCAUAGGUCAAGCUUAGGGAGGUAUAGGUUUGUUUAUGUUCAUCUAUUUCUUGUUUUUAGGGUUUUUGUUUUGGGGCAAUGGGGUGGGAAAUCCUACAUAUUUGUUUUUAUCUUUAUUUCUGUCUGGGGUUUCAGCACUACAUCCUUCAAUGAAUCGAUGCUUUUUCUUGCCAUAUUCCUACUAGUCCGCUAUGCCUAACACUACAGGGAGAUCUUGUCUGACAUUUGUCUCUUGGAAUGUUAAAGGAAUCAAUGGUCCUGUUAAACGGGGUAGAGUUUUUUCUCACUUGAAGCAUCUUAAAGCGGAAAUUGCUUUUAUCCAGGAGACACAUCUGAUCGCUAAGGAUCACCAUAGGUUAAAGGCUUCAUGGGUGGGCCAAAGUUUCCACUCCAAUUUUGGUAGUAAAGCAAGGGGUGAAGCGAUCUUGAUACACAAAAAGAUACAGUUUUACCCUACAAAAGUUACAGCCGAUCACCAGGGCCGGUUUAUUAUUGUCUCAGGGACCCUUGUUAAUGUACCUGUCGUUUUAGUUAAUCUCUAUGCACCCAAUUGGGAUGAUGAGGCAUUUGUCGAGAAAGUAACCUCACUUUUACCUGACCUAACUUCCCACCACCUGAUUUUAGGAGGUGAUCUAAAUUGCACAAUUAACCCCUUUCUGGAUAAAUCAUGCCCACGAAAGGACUCUCCCUCUAAAUUUGGUAAAGCAAUUACAUUUUUUAUGGAUCAAAUUGGAGCUGUGGAUCCAUGGUGCUUUCUCCAUCCUAAUAAAAAACAAUUUUCUUUUUACUCUCAUGUCCAUAAAACAUUUUCCAGAAUUGACUAUUUUUACAUUGAUAAUUAUUUUAUUCCUGCUGUUAAUAAUACAGAAUAUUCAACGAUAGUAGUGUCAGACCAUGCUCCUCUACUUCUUGACCUUUCAUUUGUACUCCUGCAAAAGACGCGCCCUUCAUGGAGAUUGAACAGCACUUUGCUAAAUGAUGAUGACUUCUGUCAAACAAUCUCCAAGGUAAUCGAUGAUUAUAUUGGUACCAACAAGUCUGACCUCAUCUCCCCAUCCUUACUGUGGGAAACAUUAAAGGUAGUUGUUCGAGGAGAGAUUAUAUCCUAUUCUGCAAGAAUAAAUUAAGUAAAGAGACAAAAACAGGUUCAUGAAAAACCGACACUCCUUCUCCAAUAUCCGCCGCCUCCUCAACAUUCUCUCCUCUCCUGCGUCUGGGGAGACACCAGAAGUGGUGGUCUCCCUGGAUGCAGAGAAAGCUUUUGAUAGAGUGGAGUGGAGCUAUCUGCUGGAGGUCUUAAAGAGAUUUUCCAUCUGACCUAAAUUCAUAUCCUGGAUCUCACUUCUGUAUUCUUCCCCCAAAGCUUCAGUUAUUACUAAUGGGGUGAAAUCUCAAUAUUUUACUCUUAACAGGGGAACCCGUCAAGGCUGCCCUUUGAGUCCGUUGCUAUUUGCUUUAGCAAUAGAACCAUUAUCGAUUGCACUUAGAUUGGCUAGCUUUAAUCAAGGAAUCCACAGAUGGGGUUCAAGGCAUCAUCUUUCCUUGUAUGCGGAUGAUUUAUUAUUAUUUCUUUCAGACCCAGUAACCACCAUCCCUAAAAUAAUUGAUUUGUUGAAUGUUUUUGGAGAAUUUUCUGGGUAUAAAUUGAAUUUUUCAAAGAGUGAAUGCUUCCCGAUUAAUGACACGGCCUUGGAAACUCCAGCUGUCUCUCUCCCAUUUAAAUUUGUUAAAAACAGUUUUAAGUACCUAGGUGUCCAUAUCUGUCGUAUGAUCUCAGAUCUUUAUAAAAUCAACUUUCCACCUUUAGUAGACAAACUUAAAUCUGAUCUGGAAAGGUGGAGUAACUUGCAUAUAUCCAUAGCUGGCAGGGUAAACUGUAUCAAAAUGAAUGUACUCCCAUGAUUUCUGUAUCUGUUUUAAUGUUUGCCAGUCUUUCUACCCAACUCUUUUUUUCGUGUUAUAAAUAAAUUAAUUUCUUCAACAGUUCGUCUUGCUCCAGGCUUAAUCUGAUACAAUUUAAGGUUGUUAAUCGUAUCUAUUUUACCAAUUCCAAAUUGUCUAAGAUUUACCCCAGUAUCACAGAUAGCUGCAACAGAUGUCACCUGUCGCCAGCAAACAUGACCCACAUGUUUUGGUCCUGUCCCUGUCUGCAAGCCUUUUGGACAGCUGUUUUUAAACACCUUACAGAAGCACUUAACACAAAACUGAGGCCCUGCGCAGAAUUGGCUAUCUUUGGAGUACUACCAGAAUGUCAAAAAAUCAAGAAAAAAAUUAAGGAUAGCAUCGCCUUUGCUUCUCUUCUAGCACGCAGAAGAAUAUUAUUGGAGUGGAAGUCACCAUUUGCCCCCAAAGCCUCUGUCUGGCUUAAGGACCUGAUGCUGCACUUAGACCUGGAAAAAAUUAAAUACAAUUUGAGGGGGACCCCUGAAAGAUUUGACCUGGCUUGGGGCUACAUGAUUAGUUACAUCGCUAAAUUAAAGACACUGCAGGAUAAAUGACACCUAUCUUUGAUGUUCGCCCAACCCCAACCCUUUGGGAAUUCAAUUUCUGUUGGUAUGAAUUCUUUUCCCCUUUUAUUUUAUUUUAUUUUAUUUUAUUUUUUCUUUCUCUCCGAGUAUGUGUUUAUUUGUUUAUAAUACACGUAAAGGAUGAGUGGUAGUACUGAAACAAAUAUGUAGGAUUGGGUUGGGAGUGGGUGGGCAAAAGGGAUUUAUUUUUAUUUCUUGCUGUUUGUCAUUGUUUGUUUGUUUUGUUGUGUUGUUUCUGGAAAAAAAGGGGGGGGGGGGGGGUCGUUUUCUCACCUAAUUGUAUGUACCUUUGGCUGUUGAAUGAAUAAUAAAAACAUGAUUUAAAAAAAAAAACAAGAAAUAAAAUGUGAAUCUCUGACUAAACUUGAGACUUAAAAAAAAUAUUGAGAUUGAUUGUGGUAUUUAGUUGGAUUUGGUAUCUUGACCUCAGCCCUACAGUUGAUAAUACUAUUCAGGGAUGCAUGAAUCCUUGUCAUCAUUUGUGCACGUAAAAUUCUGCCUGCUUGCCGUUGUUUCCUCUUCACGGUCAUGUUUUCCUGUCUUGUAUCAUCCUUCAGGUCCUCUAUGAUGAAAAGCUUUUGGGCAAGUUUUGUGGCCAUGAGAAUUCUGCUGAGGGGCAUCACCCCGGCAACCAGCCCAUUCUGUCUCCAGGCAAUAGACUCACCCUUAUCUUCCAGUCAGAUGACAGCAACCCUGAGCGGCAGAACUUGGGCUUCACUGCUCAGUACCAGGCUAUAGGUAAGGAUGAUCCACCUAGAGUCUGCUCCUCUGUCUCACAUUGUUUCACUCCUCCUCACUGACUUAACACUCUUCCCAUCAUUAGACAUAGAUGAGUGCUCUGCACAGCCUGCUGAAAGCUCAGGUCCACUCUGCUCUCAGAUCUGCCUCAACACCCUGGGCUCAUACCUCUGCUCCUGUCAGCACGGCUAUGAGCUGCGCUCAGACCAGCGCACUUGUGUGUGUGAGUAUUGUGCAGAUAUACACUCCCUCAUAUGAGUACUAAAAUAUCUACUUUAAUCUAAUUGUCCUGAAACAAACACAUUUUACUUUUAGAUUUUAGUUAGCAGGUAGCCACAAAGUUGAUAAAGUAAUCCUUGAUGGUGGAGCAUGAAAACACCUCUAAUAUCAGUCAACGUUGGGCAAAAGGGAUUUAAAUGCAAUGUUUGACCAAAGAAAUAGCAAAGAAAAAAAGUACAAUGGUCCUCUUCCUUUUUUUACAGGAUUUAGAUUGAAGUAGUGUUUUAAUAUGUGUAUCUAUAUACAUCUUUAAUUAUGAAUCCAUCCAAAUUAGUUCUUCAUUUUGUCCAGUAUCCUGCAAUGGAGGUACAUUCAGUGAGCCAGAAGGACAUCUAUUCAGCCCAGGAUACCCAACCCCCCCUCCCCACGCUGUGUCCUGUCAGUACGUCAUUUCAGUAGAAUCCGGCUUCAUGGUCUCUCUUAACUUUAGCGACAAUUUUCAUAUUGAGAGCGUGGACUCUGAGCAAGGACCGGACUGUCUCCAUCACUGGCUGCAGGUUAGAAUAAACAACUUAAAAACAAAACACACCAGCAGGUAUCAUUAAAUAUAAAACCUCCCUUAAAAAUACUAUUAAUGACAUAUAUCUCUUUAAAGAUAACCAUUGCAGACAGAGAACCUGUGAAGGUGUGUGGUGGCACUAGUCCAGGUCUGGUGGAGACAAACUCCAACAUUGUGAAGCUGGACUACCACACUGAUGAUUACGGCCAGAGCCGAGGCUGGAGCCUGGACUACAACACACACCGUGAGGACAGAAGGAUAGGAUGAUAAGAGAUUGAAGGGAUUGUUCACUUUUUUUAAGCUGGUACAGGCCGUACUUGUCUAUAGUAGGCUAUUAACCUCAGGGGGUCCUGGUCUGCUCGGCCUCUUAAUUGAGAACCCUACCUAGGAGCUGAGAUAGAAGCUGAGCUGUUGGCUGCUGCAGAUGAGGUCAGCAGCUCCACCACAAAAUUUAACUCCAACUCCAACUAAAGCACCAGUGUUUUUUGUAAAUAUGUACUUAUUUUUGAAAUUUAUUCGAGCUUUACUUCGUUGUCUUGGCACUACUUGCAGCACAGGUGUUCUUCCGCCUGUCGCCUAUUAGUCGACUGCAGAGUUUGCUAGCUUCAAAAUAAUAAUAAAAUACUUAUUUAUGAUAGAACAAUUGACAUUUCAAAAAAACUAAUAAUACACUUACACCAAGCAAAGUGCUUUGGUUGGAGUUCGUAAAAAAUAGCGAAACAAUGAGGCAGACCUGUGAUUUGUGGCGGUUGAUAGCCAAGUUGAUGUGCCGGUUAUGACCAGUUUCUCACCAAAGAGGCUAAACUGACCUGAAUCUCAUAUGAAUACACUUUCUUCUGACAAGUACCUCAUGCAACUUCACUUUAUAGAUAAAGUAAGAUAAAAGAAAACAGUGCCAUACAUUAAACUUUUAGUUUAUGUGGUCAAUUGUCAAAAAAUCAGCACUCUGUAAAACCUGUUUACUAAAUAAAUGACUUUUCACCUAAAACCUUUGCCUUUGAUGUUCCAUUUCCAUGUUGUUUUCAGGAGUGAAGUGUCCACUUCCUGGUGCUGUAGUGAAUGGAAGGGUCACUCCCAUCUUAACUGAAUAUCUAUAUAGAGACUACAUCUCUGUGCGCUGUGAUGUUGGAUACAAGCUCAUGACGGUUGGCUACAUUUUUACUCCUUCUUCAGCAAUGUUUAAAACUUAAAGCUCCUGUGAGGAACUUGUUUUUGGUGCCCCACUGUGGACACACUUUUGUUGUUUCAACAAAGAAAAUUGAUUUUCAGAUUUUUUUUUUUUCCUUAUAAAAAGCCUCUGUAUUAAUUUCAGUCUGUUUCAUAACCAGCCGAAACCUUCUCACAGGAGCUUUAAGAACAAAAUACACACAUACUUUACUUUCAACUUGUACUGUACAAAAUUAGUAAUUGGGAUUGUUUCUUUCUCAGGAUGGCCAGGAGAUUAAUAGUUUCUCUACUAUGUGCCAAAAUACCGGACAGUGGCACCUCCCUCUGCCAGAAUGCCACAGUAUGUUUUUGACUUUAACACUAACACAAAACAUAUGUAGUAAUACAAACACAAAUUUAGGCUUUUUGAAACUUUGCCAUUCACUGGUGAGAUGUAAACAUAUCCUUGUUUUUUUUCCACCUUUAGUAAUCGAUUGUGGAGAACCAGAACCUUUACAGAAUGGAGGAGUGACCUUCCUGUCUGGCAUAGAGAAUCAGUACCUCUCUGUUGUUCAGUAUCACUGCAAUGAGCCAUUUUACUCCCUCCUGGGCGGCCUAACUGGUGAGAAGAUUAACUGAGGAUUCUGAUUUGCCUUACAUUGUUUUGCUUGGAACUUGUCAUAUAAUCCAUUGUGGUUUUACUGCUUUUAGUUUUGCUAAUCUUACAGUUUAAGCGAUUGGGAAAUCAUUUUAAAUUUGGAUUUAGUUCACCAUUGCAUGGCAUUACAUCUGUGCCGUGGCUUUACUGAACAAAAAGGAAAUUUACUCAGUCAAGUUUGUUAAUAUCAAACAGAUAUCAGGGUUAUCUUUAAAAAGUAAUUCAAUAGAGUGGAAACACAUAAAUCUUAAAUUCUCAAGAUGUUUGUCCAAAGUCACAAUUUAAGGUGCUGAAAACUUAGCAAACCUCUGCACACCAAACAGUUUGAAAAGUUUAGUUUUUACAAAACUUCCAACUCCUAUGAGGCAAAUAGCCAAUUAAUCUUCUCUCUGCUUGUAGCAACUUUUACGUGUGAAGCAGACAGAAGAUGGAGAUCCAACAACGAAAUUGUUCUUCAUCCAACAUGCAUACCAGGUAUCGCUUUUGUGUUGAGAACACCCUAUCCAGGGCAAUGGAUUAAACAAUGUUUAAUAAUUUAGUGGAUUAAACAAUGUUUAAUCCACUGCUCUGACCCUAUCUAAAACAAAUUUUUAAAAAGAAUUCACAUGACACCUGCUCCUGUUUGACUUAUUUAUGUCCGUCUGGUUCAGUGUGUGGUAAGCCAGUAGAACCCCUCCCUCACGUUCAGAGGAUCUUUGGAGGCUACGAUGCUCCAGAAAACACCAUCCCCUGGCAAGUGUUGUUGACUGUGAGUGGAGACAGAGGAGGAGGCAUGGUGAUUGCAGACCGCUGGAUUUUGACUGCUGCUCACGUCCUCCAACAAAAAGGAAUAACAGCAACAAAUGCAACUAUAGAGGUAAAAUGUUCUGCUGUUGGUGUGUGGUGUAAUCCUGUCUUGUCUGCACUUCAGAAUCAGAGUUUUUAACCUUCAUUUUGCAGGUUUAUUUGGGCGGUAUUGAUGUUCAUCUCCUGUUGAAGUCUCCAAUGCGUGCUUCCUCAGUCUACAUUCACCCUGACUACAACAAUCCCAACAGCAUUGACUACAACCAUGACAUUGCCUUGAUCAAACUGCAAGACCAACUCACAUUUGGCCCAUCCGUCAUGCCAAUAUGUUUACCAGCAGAGGAUGCCACAUACAUAACUAACACAGCGGGGUGAGAAAAACAAUAUUUGAUCUCACUUUUAAAACUUUCUAUGCUCCAUUCAUGUCUUUAGCUUCCCCCUGUAGGUUGACCAUAACUUUUCUUCUCUACUUUUCUUUUUUCCUUUAACAGAGUGGUGUCAGGCUUUGGCCAGAUAGACAGUGGUCAAGGAAGGCUGUCAACAAAUACGCUGAAAUUUGUGGAGCUCCCAGUGGUGGAUCAGGAGAGAUGCCAUACUUCAAUGAACGAGGCGAAGACGAGGAGGAGCAAUGUACCUGAUCUGACAGAUAACAUGUUUUGUGCUGGAAGGCCAGAGGGUGGGAAGGACUCUUGUCAAGGUGACAGUGGAGGCCCCUUUGCCCUGUGGAAUGGUAAACAGUACUGGGCUGGUGGGAUUGUCAGCUGGGGGGUUGGCUGUGGGCUCAAGGGAGUAUAUGGAGCAUAUACCAAAGUCACCAACUAUGUGGGCUGGAUCAAUAAGACUAUGCAUGAAAACUGA